AUGUGCAUUUUCUCGUCAUGCGGACAGAUUGUAUUCGGUUGCAUUAUGCUUCUUUGUCUUGCUUUGACCGGGACAGCUACGUUCUAUGGAAGCAGUGGGAGAUUGAUUUCCUGGGAUUGUGUCACCGACUAUCGACAAUGUGACCCAUUUGAAACUAGAUAUAUAGACGAAAUGAGGGUGGUAGCUACAUUCAUGUGUCUGGCGCUGAUAUCGGAAAUUGCUUGUCUUAUCUGGAAUUUCGUUACUUUCUGUGCUUGCUGCUGGAAACAGUAUAUCAUCCAUCCAUUGAUCCUACUCUCUUUUUUCACGAUAACAUUUUUGCUCGUUGCUGUCAUAGCCUACGCUGUAUCUUAUAAAGGAAACACUGGAUACUACACAUACGAUACGGAUGAAUACGGUUUUGCAUUCUGGUUAGCGGUAUCGGCGUUGAUUUUAGCAGGCGUCGAUGUGGCCGUCGCCAGCGUAACAGUGUGCCUGGGAGAGAGAGGACUAUAA